UGGCAAUAAGGAUAAUCCCUUACCCCUGAGGAAAAUUACAUAAUACGUCAUAAUAUUAUUAGCAGAAUUGGACUAUUUUAGUUGGGUGAGGUGGAGUUCAUGUUCAACCAUCAACUGACGAUUAUUUUCAUCAGAUAUUAAGUUGUUUUAACCAAUAAUCGACUGGUGGUUUAUGAAAACAGUGACAAAUGGCGUCUUAUUCCACGGUCAUUAUUCUGUAAAAAACGUAUUAUAUCUAAUUGUUUUAAAAGAUGAUAUUAGUUUUCAACAGUCUGCGUUAGUUUGAAUAUUCCAAAGUCACAAUAUAUUAAUCUACAAAAUGACCCAAAGAUUAAGUUUAUGGAUUGUUUUGCGUAAACUUACAUUUAUUAUUAAGAGGAAAAAACACAAGGAAAUGGUUAAAUGAUUUGUUCAUCGGGUAUACACAGCUAUGACACAGCUUUCUGUCAGCCCAAAGAAACAAAUAAAAUGCAACUAAAGCUUUUAACGACAUGUGUGGAUGAAAUAUGUACUCGUUAUCUACAUUUUGUUGGUGAGAAAUGGAUACCUGUGUCUUUAAGAAUUCUAUCUCAUCACCAGCCACCAAUGAGGGUAGUUACUCAGUUGCUUAGCAACAGAACCCAAAACACAGCAACCAUGCUCUCAGAAAACAAACUUCAUUUGCUCAUUUAAAAAGCUGUUAGCUAGCUUAUUAUUCAUAUUUGUCUAAGGCUGAUUUCCCCCUUUGCGCAAUGGCUCAAAUCAGCACGUGUCCACCAUUUGAACUCUUCAAUCUCCUCAACCAGUGCAGCUCGGUGUCACGGCUGGCCGAGAUCAACUACCUCUGUCUGAUAGAUGCUCGAGAAACCGAUGACUACAGAAUGAGUCACAUCCUAACAGCUAAAAAUGCCAUAAUGGAUUCAAAGGGUACGUUUCUCCUGCCAGAGGACGUGGAGGUUGACAGCAUGCAGCACGUGGUGGUGUAUGACAGCAACACAACCUUUUUGCAGGGACAAGGACGAGCGGUUGAAUGUGCCCAGGAACUGGCCAAAGCCAGCCUCUCCCCGGUCCUCAUAGUGAGGGGAGGCUUUCAGAGGUUCUCGGCUCUGUACCCUUUUUUAUGCACGGAGAAAAUCCUCUACACCGUCACGGAGCUGGAGAACCUGAAGACCUAUCCGGUGGAGAUCUUAGCGGCGCUGCUGUACAUGGGGGAUGAGAAACAAGGCAUGGACCCAAGCAUCCUCCAGGACCUGAAAGUCAGCGUCGUCAUCAGCAUCUCGGAAAGCAACAACCUGGAAUCCAUACAGGGGAGCACGAGCGUCACUCACUUCCCUGUGGCUGACUCGGUUGGGGCAGAUUUAUAUUCAACUCUUGAAAGUAUUUGCAGUGUUAUUGGUACACACAUGGACACGGGCUCUUGUGUCCUGAUGGUUUCCAGGAACGGCAGAAGCCGCUGCAGUGCUGUGGCCGUCGCCUUUCUCAUGCGUCACCUUAAAUACACACUGGAGGAGGCCUGGAAGUACGUGCUGAAACGUAAACCCAACGUGCGACCAAACACAGGGUUUCUACAGCAGCUGUCUGACUGGGAGUUCCACCUCAUGGGACAAAGAGUGACCGAUAUCUCUGGACCUCACUUUUAACAAAGGAAGAUGUUGUGUUAUUUCGUAAGGGGCAAUGUAGGGUAAAGAGUUUAUGUAUUUCUUGGACUGUGAUACAAGUUUCUAUUGUACAUGUGUUUUAUUUUUUAAAUGAAUGAGUGCCAUUA